UGAACGUAACAGUAACGGAAGAGGUCACGCCGUGACGUGACAUUGAUCGUUUCGGGAGGUUCGCUUCAACUGAUCCCGUUACAUUUAGAAAGAUGGCCAGUAGUCCUGCUUAGGGGCUGAAGUUCUUUCUCUUAUCUAAAGGCAAAAUACGUUGUAAGCAAACGUGGAGAGACAAAGGCGUUGAAAAGAAACGGAAGAAGUAUGCCUAGAUUGCCAUAACUCUUUAAAAUGGCCAUACGGGAAUUAAAAGUGUGUCUUCUGGGAGAUACAGGAGUGGGCAAGUCUAGUAUUGUAUGUCGUUUUGUACAAGACCAUUUCGACCACAACGUCAGUCCAACGAUAGGGGCAUCGUUUUUAACCAAGACGGUCCCGUGUGGACACGAACUACACAAGUUCCUCAUCUGGGACACAGCGGGACAGGAAAGGUUCCACUCGCUGGCUCCCAUGUACUACCGAGGCUCUGCCGCCGCUGUCAUUGUCUAUGACAUCACCAAACUGGACUCUUUCCAGACACUGAAGAAAUGGGUGAAGGAGUUGAAGGAGCACGGUCCUGAGGACAUCAUUGUAGCCUUGGCAGGGAACAAGAAAGAUUUGGGGGACAUCAGGGAAGUUCCUAUGAAGGAAGCUAAGGACUUUGCUGAGUCUAUUGCAGCAAUCUUCAUGGAGACCAGCGCCAGAAACGCUGUCAAUGUGGAGGAGCUCUUUCAGAAGAUCAGUAAACAGAUUCCGCCUCUGGAGAAUCCAGACGUUGACAGCAACGAGUCCUUCAAGAUAACCCGGCGUCCAUCUAACAAACUCUGCUGCUAGUAAGACUUCUGCUGAGUCCCAAAUAGACCCCGAGCACCCUACCCUCGCCUAGACCAUAGCACCCUAACACAGAGUCACUGCUCUCGAUUGGACAGGUGAAUGAUCCACCUAUCUAGCUUAUCUGACGUCAACUUGGAGAUAUCACCACGUUUCCUCUUGGAUCUACAUGAAGGUUUAGGGAGUAAGGAGUCGGUUCAGAAUUCAGCAUCAGAUUUAAUCAGUGAGAUUAUCACUGUCCUUGGUUCCACACACACACAGCUGCGUGGAUCACAGGGUCCACAAUGCAACAUUGUAAUACACUGCCGCGUGGCUUCAACUACUCAUUGUCCACCUCCACACAGUCCACCAUGCAUAUUGGUCUCAGGGGAGAGGAGGAGGACAACAUGGCUUUGGCUUGUGAUAGAUCAGACCCUCUCACCUGUAGCAUAGUAACCAGCAUGUCCAGGGCCAGAAACCACCCCUAUAACCCAUAGAAAGAUGCAGUAACCCAUAGAAAGAUACAGUAACCCAUAUAAGGAUACAGUAACCCAUAUAAGGAUACAGUAACCCAUAUAAGGAUACAGUAACCCAUAUAAGGAUUUAGUAACCCAUAGAAAUAUGCAGUAACCCAUAGAAGGAUACAGUAGGUGGACAUUUUGCCAUAUUGCUUAUACCUAUCCAAUCCUCCUCUCAGAUUGACUCCAGUGCCUUGGUAAGGUGUGUUGUAAGUGUCGUUUCUGGACUGGGCCUGUGUGUACAGGCCCAGGAGGGGAACCGGUUUGUCGCCCUCUAGUGUUUUUGGUUAGAGAUUAACAUCAGAAAAUGGAUCCUGAAGGUAAACACAAUUUAAAGGAGAACUGCACUUCCUGAUUUCGUUUUUUCAUAAAUUCUCAUUAAGAAAUGCAAGCGGCCAUGACUGAAGGUAAACGAACUGUUGUCACAAAGUUGGAAGCACAGAAUCGUCUAGAAUGUCAUUGUAUGCUGUAACGUUAGGAUUUCCCUUCACUGGAUCUAAGGGGCCUCGAACCAUGAAAAACAGACCCAGACCAUUAUUCCUCCUCCGCCAAACUUUACAGUUGACACUAUGCAUUCGGGCAGGUAGCGUUCUCCUGGCAUCCGCCAAACCCAGAUUUGUUCAUCGGACGGGCAGAUGGUGAAGCGUGAUUCAUCACUCCAGAGAACGUGUUUCUACUGCUCCAGAGGCCAACGGCGUCGAGCUUUACACCACUCCAGCCGACGCUUGGCAUUGCGCAUGGCGAUCAUAGGUUUCUGUGCGUCUGCAAAAAACAGGGCAUGAAUUGUUGCCGUGAUUGUAAUCCAAACCCCUCAAGUAAAGUCAUGACUCAGUCAUCUACCAAACUCUUGUUUUGGACAAGACUGACUUCAUGACCAAAAAUUAUUCUAUUGUAAACAUUGUAGUCAAUUUUGACAUUUUUAUAAAUGAGAGAUUCUGACUCAUAGUGAUGUCACAAAGGCUGUUUUAAAAAUGGAGGGAUUAGUUCUAAGGGGCAGUUGACCUUUAAAAAAAAAACAAUAGACACAGAGACUUUUAUACAUGGUAGGUGUACGCCUACUGGGAUUAGUUUUUAAUUCAUAUUCAGCAGCACAAUUAAAAAAAAACGUUACAUUUUAAUCCUGAAAAUCGAAACAUGUUAGUAGAUCAUCUCUUUCUCAUCUCUUAGAUCAUCUUUAAUCAUCUCUAACGCGCUGAACAUGAACAUUUGGAUAAAUUGCACAAAUAUUGAAUAAUCUAGUUGAGUUUAAUGACGUUUCAUAAAAUGACUAAAAUACGAUGCAGACUAGAGAUUACGUUCUGAAUUCAUAUGCGAUAUAGAGAUUUACAAUCCAAAUUCUCAUUAACCGAAUAUGCAGUCAACAGUUCCAGUGAUUGCAUUGUUGCCUUGUGGCUCCGGGAAUCGCGUAGAUCGAUAGAUAGAAUAUCUUUGUAGCUGCCGAUAUUGAUAUUGAUAUCGAUUGCAUGAAUUUGGUCUCGCCAACCGUUGUCUUUUUCCCAUCGAAUGCUGGUAUAGAAUAUGUAUUUUGAGAAUGUAUAAGGUGUUCAAAAUGUAUUUGAAGGACGAAGUAGCAUGAAUUCGAAUACCUGAGUUGCCAUGUCUUGUUUUUUGUUUGUUGCUAUGUUGUAAUUGUCAUCCAUAUGUUGUCAUUAUUAUGUAAUAUUGACCAACUACUGAAAAGGGGCCACUAUCACAAUAAAUACAACUAUUGACAACUAUAAUUUUAUUUACUGAUUGAUCGGUGGACUAACUACUGUAUCUGUGAGGUAAUACAGCCUCUUCGAUUCAACCACUCGGGAGGGGGAUUUUAAAAUCCUCUUUUUUAAUCGGGAUUUUAAAGUGGCACUUUUAUGUCGCUAGUUCCUGCACUUUCUCAUGGAAAAACAAUGAUACAGAAUUAAUGACGACAUUUGAUGACUACAUUCCCUAACAACGCCACACCAAUGUGGUGUUGGUAAUAGCUGAAUUGCCGUAAAGUAGACCUAGUUAAAAGGAUGGGUCGAACUGUACAACAGAUGUACCUUUUGAAAGUAUGAAGCUGAGUUAACAGCAACAGUCCUUGCGGAUCUAAGCAGAGGAUUUAAUGUUUUGGAUUUUUAUUUUUUAUUUUUUUAAUAAAUGUACUUUGUGGGAAGAUACUAUAGAUGAGACAAAAAAACAACAAUUUCCAUAUUUUUGUUUCUAUUUGUAUUUUGUACCAUGUUGGACAUUUGUCUGUGUACAGUUAUACACACACAGAGGUGUUAGCUCACAAUACGGAGACGUAGUAUUCUGUACAAACUUGACACAUAUCAAGUGUCCAAGUGUGGCAUCAAUAAAACUAGACUUGGACACUUCCUGGCCUGAGUUUGGCUGUAACCGUUUAUAGGUACAGGCCAUUCUGCAAUGCAAACAAGUGCCUUUGUGUUCCCUCUGUAGACCAAAUCUAAUAUUUAUUAUUCAUAUUAUUCAUAUUAUUAUUAUUAUUAAUAGUUUAAAUUGUUCAUUUUUUUGUGUGUACUUGACUCAAGUUAUUCCCUUUUCUAUAACACAAUAACAUGUUAUAUAUUAUUAAUCUGUCUGAUAAUAAAGUGGUAUUACUUGUUUU